AUGACUCCUGCUGGUGAGCUCCGGGCCCGUGUUUCAAGGAAAGUGGACAGUGUUCCUGAGGAUGAUGCCAUCCUCACAUACAUCAGCACACACCUGGAUCCCCGUAGAAUUGGGUUGUGUGUUCUGUGGGCCCUCACAGCUCUUCAGAGCUUAGCGUUCAUACUGCUAUCAUGGCUUAUCUUGGCUGUGGAGCUGACUACAUCUGCCCAGAAUCAGGUGGGACGGGGAGGACCGUACUCAAGGGUGCCAACACUGGAGCUGAAUCACACAGGAGGGAAGUUGGUGGUCCUUGUACAGCUGUUCAAGACCUUUGGGUCACAGGAGAGGGUGUUGCAACUCCCAUUGACCAGUUCCAGGUGGAUGCUGUGGGGACAUACUUUACAGGAGAAGAAACUGAGACACAGACAUGUGAUUUCUUCCAAUCUGAAGCAAACUUCUGAUGGAGCCCGGGAGCCCAGAAACACAACAAGAAGAAAGUUUGAAGCCACCGAAUCUGUGGUUGCCCUAAAAACCCAAUACUGGGUCUGUUUCAGGCUACAUAAAUGCCUCUGUCUAUAUGCAAUUCAUGUUCUCUAUCCAUUCAGCUGUGGAUGGACAUCUAGGCUGGCUCCAGUUCCUGGCUACUGUGGAUAGUGUGUAGCAAUAAACAAGGCAUGCAAGUA